AAAGCAAUACAUAUUGCAGCCUCCAUAGUGAUUCUCUCUCCUACGUGGCGCUCUCCCAAACCUCCAUUUUGAUUUAUCUCAUUCUCUAUUCUGCCUUUUACGCCUCAAUUCUUAAGCUUGGCAAAAACAUCAAAAUUCUCAUACUCAAAUACCGUUACAAAAUUUGAUUAGCAAUUCAUACGUAAUUCAUUCUCAAAUCUAUCACCAUGUGUCUGCAAAUCUCAUGCUCAAUCACCUGUUGUAGCAAUUGAUCAGCAGCAAAUCCUUCUAAAAUCCCCCUUUUCCGCCAUCUGCAAAACCUUCUCAAAUCUCUCCCCAUCCAUCUGCAAAACCUUCUCAAAUCCCAUCUCCCACCGUCUGCAAAUCCUUAUCACAACAAUUGAUCUCUAUCCAUCACACACACUACAGAUCUAUGGGUGCUGCAAACAAGACUCAGCCGCAACUGCACUCGGAUUCCAGUCGCCACCGUCACCUUCACCGCGCCGGCCACCUCCCUUCCCCCGCAAGCCCUCCGAUCUGCAUCGCCGCCUCUUUCUUUCUUCAAUCGGCAGCUCCAACCCCCACCGCUCUCUCCGCCACUCCCGCAGCCUCAGCCGCUUCUCCCGCCCCAUUGCGCUGGAGCCGGAGGCCAAACGUGCCCAGGGGAAAAUUCGUCAACACCACGAGGGGCUCGACCUCGCCGGCACCAACCGCGAAUCGCCGAGCCCCUAGAUCCCCAAAGUCUCACCGCCUCUUUGUGAUUUCCGGCGACCACGGCAGCCAUGUCCGCCGAUCUGCCACCUCCCUUCCCCCAUAUGAGUGUUGAUAAUGAACUUGUACUAUGGGAACCAAAAAUGAAAGAACAAUCUCCUGGAGAGGGUACGGUUGACAUCCUCCAAAAGUAUCCUGAUCCCGAGUGUGAUAUUUGGUUUAUCAAGUUUUCUUGUGAUUUCCAUUACAAGGCAGCAGCAGUAGGGAAUAGGGAAGGGAAGAUAUAUGUGUGGGAAGUUCAGUCUAACCCUCCGGUUCUCAUUGCAAGAUUGUCCCAUGUCCAGUCGAAAUCUCCAAUUAGAUUAACCGCCAUGUCUUUUGAUGGAAGGUAUGAACUCCUGAUCCCACUUUUCUUUCUCUCUCUAAUUUACACGACGUUGGAGCGAGUAAAUCAUAUUAAUCCAUGUGGGUGCAGCACCAUUCUCUGCUGCUGUGAAGAUGGAACAAUAUGGAGAUGGGAUGUGGUUGCAAGCUCUUAGAGAUUCCGAAAUGGUAUUUUGUAGAAGUCAGUAUAACUUUUUAAUAUCCAUGAACAACAUGCAGCUAUGAAACUACGAGCUUCAUUUUUAAAACGAAGCCAGUCUUUUGCGGAGAACAAACAUUCUAUGACUGAUCAAGAAUAUGCUACUGAGUCCGUACAAGCUUCAACUCAAAACAUCAUUAGUCUUUAGUUUAUUCUGCCAGAAAUUUCUAUGUAAGAUAACAUUUCGAUGAAAUUUAUUUUGUACCACUCAAAUGUGCGUUUCUUUUUAUCUUAUGCUAAUGUGUUAGCUUUUUUAUUA